AUGAAAGGCCGGUCUUUCCUAAAAAAGGUAUUGAUACUAAUAUUUCUAAGAUUGUCCUCAUUGUUAGCUAAAGCAGAGGUUCGUUAUUCCAUUCCGGAGGAAAUGGUGAGGGGAACGUUCGUAGGUAACAUUGCAAAAGAUCUGGGAUUAGAUAGCCAGAGACUGAAAACAGGCAGGGCUCGUCUAUAUUCUGAUGGGCGCACGGAAUAUAUUGAGCUGGAUACAAACAAAGGGAUUUUGGUUAUUAAAGAAAGAAUUGACAGAGAGCAGAUGUGUGGAACAAAAACUAAUUGCGCCUUAAAUUUUCAAAUAGUCCUUGAGAAUCCGAUGGAAUUAUAUCGAGUUUCCUUUGAUAUCAUUGAUAUUAACGACAAUGACCCCAUGUUUGAAAAACAAACUGUUCAGUUAGAAAUUACAGAGUCGUCUCUUCCAGGAGCAAUGUUUUCACUUCCGAGUGCUGUGGACAGAGAUGUGGGUGUAAACAGUCUGAAAUCGUACAUCCUCACACCGAAUGAACAUUUUAAAUUAAAAAUAAGCAAGCAACCCGAUGACAGCAAUUCUGUUUCUUUAUUAUUAGAAACGCCACUGGACAGAGAAAAGCAAGAAGAACAUGCUUUGCUUUUGACUGCUGUUGACGGAGGGAAUCCUCAGCGAUCUGGGACAAUCGAAAUAAAAAUGACUGUGCUCGAUGCGAAUGACAAUUCUCCUAUUUUUACACAGCAGCUUUAUAAAGCUGAAGUCACGGAGAACUCUCCGGUAGACACUGUACUGAUUACAGUUAAGGCAAACGAUGCUGACAAAGACAUUUACGGAGCAGUCAAAUAUUUUUUCUCCCAUGUUUCAAAUAACGCGCAAAAUUUAUUUGACAUUAACUCAGAUUCCGGAGAAAUUUCUCUCAUUGGAAAACUAGAUUAUGAAAGCAAUGAAAUUUAUGAAAUGACGGUGCAAGCCAAAGAUUAUGGCCACGUAAGUUCUAGCAAAGUGAUAAUUGAAGUAAUUGAUGUAAAUGACAACACGCCAGUUAUAAAUGUCAUGUCAGUUUCAAGCCAAAUCUCGGAAGAUUCAUCACCCGGGACAGUAAUAGCAAUGCUUAAUGUACAAGACAAAGAUUCCAGAAAAAACGGUAAAGUUAACUGCUUCAUAGAUAGCAAUCUCCCGUUAAAAUUGAAAUCUUCUUUAAAUAGUUUCUAUAGUUUGGAAACGGACGCAUUUCUGGAUAGGGAAAAAACCUCUCACUAUAAUAUUACUAUUAUUGCUAGAGACGAAGGUGAGCCAUCACUUUCAGUUUCACUAACAAUCACACUCGAGAUAAGCGAUAUCAAUGAUAAUGCUCCAAAAUUCGAACGGCAACAUUACAAAACAUUUAUCAUGGAAAACAAUUCUGCGGGGUCUUCGUUUUUCUCAGUGAGAGCCACAGAUGAAGACUUUGGCAUGAAUAGCAGAAUCUCUUAUUUUAUCCAAGAAACCCGUAUACAGAACAUUUCUGUGUUUUCACUUGUUUCUAUUAACUCGGAUCAAGGCAUGCUGUAUGCUGCACGUUCAUUUGAUUAUGAGCAUUUGAGCCAUUUUCAAGUCUCAGUUGCAGCUAAGGAUGGAGGCUCUCCAGCUCUCAGCACCACUGUCAUUAUAGAUGUUUUUGUUCAAGACCAGAAUGACAAUGUUCCAGAAAUUUUAUACCCAGUUUUUAAUAAAGGUUUCCCAAUGGCUGAAUUCAUACCUCGCAGUGCUGAUGUUGGCUAUCUAGUAGCAAAAAUCAUUGCUGUAGACAAAGAUUAUGGGCAGAAUGCUUGGCUUUCCUAUAAACUGCUUAAAUCAGCCGAACAAACUCUUUUUGAAGUCGGUUUGUAUAAUGGAGAGCUAAAAACCCUUCGACACGUUACAGAGAAAGAUUUUACUAAGCAAAGAUUAACUAUUUUAGUGGAGGACAACGGGCAGCCUCCUCACUCAGCGACAGUCAGUGUUAACAUUGCCAUCACUGAUAACUUUGCAUUAGCGUUAUCAGAAUUUAACGAUCAUACUCAACAAAAGGACGAAGAUGGAGAGUUAACAUUUUACUUGGUGGUCUCAUUAGUGAUAGUCUCUUUGCUUUUCUUCAUCUUCAUUAUCGUUAUAAUAUCUUUAAAAUUCCACAAAUGGAGGCGUUCUAAACUUUUCAACGAAUGCUCCGACAGGACAUUCCCUGUUAUCCCGUAUUACCCACCCCGUUAUGCAGAAGUUGGAGCCACUGGGACUCUUUGUCACGUCUACAAUUACGAAGUGUGUCUCACAACAGAUUCUGGAAACAGCGAAUUUAAAUAUGUCAAACCUUUGGUCGUCGAUACUGUGGAUACAGAUCCUGCUGCAAACCAAAGUAAUGACUCCAUCUCAAAGAGUGAUUUAAUUGCAGAAGGUGAUCUUCUCCAGGCUUACAAUAAAAUUUCCAGAUUAAGAAAAGAACAGCAAAUUGAUACACCGAAACCAGCUUUGGACAGGAUAAGAGUUUGA